CGAUUUUCAAGCGUCUGGAUAAUGAUGAGCAAUGUGUCAACAUAUUUUUGAGAUUUUUGCACUUUUUAAAAAUAUCAUAAUCAUAAAAGCAGAGAGAUGUCAGCCCCAGCCCUUGUAGGAGUCUUAUUCAUCAUUAUUUUUGUAAUGAUGCACCUCUACAAGCGCUACAGAAGAAUGCAUUAUGAUUUACUUGUGUGGGAUGUUACAAAAGGCCACAGGUGGGUGAUGAUAGAUGUUUUCACGGAAAUGACGUACUGUAAUGUUGGGAAGUUUCCUAUUAAGCAUGGUGCAAAAUGUAGCUCAUGUGGGAUCUGUGCUGAAGAUGGAAAUAUGAGAGAAGCAAAUAAAAAAAUCCCAUGCAAACCAUUAUCUUUGAAAGGGGAUGGCACACCUCAUCAGUGGAUUAAGGGCAACCUCCCUGCAUGUAGCUCGUGUCUCAUUUGUGGCUCAGAAUGUGGAAAACUCCGGGAUAUCUGUGAUAGAAAAUGUGUGUGGUGCAAGCUUGUGGUUCAUGAUGACUGUGACAGCAAUGGAAAAUUUUGUGAUUUUGGUAAAUACCGUUCUGUGAUAGUUCCUCCACAUUGUGUUGAACUGAAGAGGGUUGGUCUAAGAGGUCGCAGACACUUAAUUGUCUCAAAAGCACAGACACCAAGCUAUGAAAACUGGAAACCAGUCAUAGUGUUAGCGAAUACAAAAAGUGGAAAUAAUGAAGGUGACACUAUUCUUAGUGAGUUCAGAGACAUUCUUAAUCCAGCACAGGUUAUAGAUCUCCAUGAGAUGAAGCCUGAGAAUGCGCUAGAAUGGUGCCACCUGCUUCCUGACACUGUAUUCCGGGUGAUAGUGUGCGGGGGAGAUGGGUCCAUAGGCUGGGUGCUGAAUGCAAUAGAGAACCUCAAACUCAAGACCCCACCAGAAGUUGGGAUACUUCCUCUUGGGACUGGAAAUGAUCUUGCCCGAGUGCUGGAAUGGGGAGAAGGACACAAUACGGAAGAUGGAAUAGAGGGUAUGGUGGACAAAAUACUCGCAGCCAAAACUGUAUUCCUGGACAGGUGGAAAAUCAACAUAAAUCACAAAAAGAACAUGGGGAUAUCAAGGCCAAAAAAGGAGAUGAUUAUGAACAAUUAUGUGUCUAUUGGUGUGGAUGCCCUGGUGACCCUAAACUUCCACAAAUCUCGGCUGUCCAGACCCUGGCUCUUUGCUAACAGACUUAUCAAUAAGAUGUGUUACUUUACCUAUGGCACAAAGGACGUGUUAGAGCGAGAGUGUAAGAAUCUCGACAGGAAGAUCAGGGUAUGGCUGGACGGGGAGGAGAUCAAACUGGAGAACAUCGAGGGCCUUGUGGUGCUCAACAUUGCCAGCUGGGGUGGGGGCUGUCGGCCCUGGGAACUCUCUGACAGCAAACAUGACUUCAACCCUGCAAGGUAUGAUGAUGGCCUACUAGAGGUGAUGGCCCUCUACUCCUCCUUCCACAUAGCACAAAUCCAGGUGGGGCUGGCCUCACCCAUUCUCAUUGGCCAGGCUCGGCAUGUCAAGAUAACUCUGUCGGAUGGCAAUGCCCCCAUGCAGUGUGAUGGUGAACCAUGGGAACAGCACCCAGCAGAAAUCAACAUCGCCUACCAUAAACGGGCCACAAUGUUGGCACCUGUACACACUGACACACAGUGAGAACCGUCUAGAUGACAUUCCACUAGUCUAGUUACAUGUGAUACCGGUUUCCAUUUUAAGCUUACUUGAGCACAACAUGCUCCUGGUGAGCUUUUGGGAUAGCUUUUUGUCUGUUGUGUGUCCGUCAUCAACAUUUUGCCCUGUGAACACUCUAGAGGCCACAUUUCUUGUCCGAUCUUCAUGAAACUUGGUCAAAACAUUGAUAUGAUACCUGGACCAAGUUCGAAACUGGGUCAUGCUGGGUCAAAAACUAGGUCACUAGGUCAAAAAAAAGAAAGACCUUGUGAACACUGUAGAAGUCACAUUUGAUGCCCAAUCUUCAUGUAACUUUGUCAAAAUGUUUGUCUUAAUGAUAUGUUGGUUGAUUUAAAAAAUGGUUCCGGUCCGUUGAAAAACAUGGCCGCCAGGGGGCGGGGCAGUAUUCCUUAUAUGGCUAUAGAGAAACCUUGUGAACACUCCAGAAGUCACCAUUUUUGUCCAAGCAUCAUGAAACUUGGUUAAAACAUUGGUUUCAUUGAUGUCUUGGACAAGGUCGAAAAUGGUCCAGAUCGGUGAAAAAACAUGGCCGCCAGGGGGCGGGCAGUUUUCUCUAGAAGUAUAUAGUACCAAAAAUGUGAUCUCUAAAAGUCACAUUUUUGGUCCAAUCUUCAUGAAAUUUAGUCUGAGCCUUUGUUUUCUUGAUACGAUGGUUGAGUUUGAAAAUGGUUCCAAUCAGUAAAAAAACAUGGCCAAAGGGGGGGGGGGUCAUUUUCCUUAUAUUUAUAUAGUAAAUAAAAGCUUAUGAACACUCUAGAAGUCACAUUUUUUGCCUAAUCAUCUUGAAAUUUUGUCUUAACAGCGAUUUAAUAGAUAUCUUGGACGAGUUCGAAAAUGGUCAUGAUCAGUGGAAAAACAUGGCCGCAAGUGGAUGGGGCAGUUUUCUCUAUAUGUAUAUAUUAUUGAAAACAUGUGAACACCAGAAGACACAUUUUUUGCCCAAUCUUCAUGAAAUUUGGUCAGAACAUUUGUUUCCUGGAUUCAAUGGUUAAGUUCGAAAAUGGUUCAGAUGGGUAAAAAAAACAUGGCCACCAAGGGGGGGGGGGUUAUUUAUAUUAAUAGAGUAAAAAAAAGCUUGUGAACACUCUAGAAGUAAAAUUUUUUGUCCAAUCAUCAUGAAACUUGGUCAAAACAUUGGAUUUAUGGAUAUUUUGGUUGAGUUUGAAAAUAGUCUUGAUCAGGGAAAAAACAUGGCUGUCAGGGGUAGGGCAGUUUUCUCUAUAUGUAUAUAGUGAAAACAUGUGAAUAGUCUUGUAGACACAUUUUUUGCCAAAUCUUCAUGACAUUUGGUCAGAACAUUUUUUUCCUGGAUACAAGGGUUGAGUUCAAAAAUGGUUUUGAUCCAUCUAGUUUAAAGUUAUAUAUCUUUUUAUUUUUUUUUCAAUGUAUUUUUGCUAACAGAUACAUAGCAAUCAUUCCAAUUCAUACCUUGCACACAUUUAAAACAAACAAAUUCCUACCUUGAUAGAAAUGUUCACCUGUUUUAAUGGAGCAGAGUGACAAUGAUGCUUGAGCAAUAUCUGAAAGUAUAAAAACAUUGUCCAUAUAAGAAUAUGGAUUUUACAUCAAAAGCUUUAGAUCUGUUGGAUCACAAUAGAAAGCUGGAACCACUUGAUAGAAGUUUGCAGGUGUAUUAUGUAACACAAGUAUCACAUGUGCAUUGAAAAAUGCAUCAAUCACUAUGGCCUUUAUAUAUCAAGCACUGUCCAAGCAUUUUGGGGGAAAGUGAAGUUUACAACGCUAACUUAUCAUUAAUACUUCUCAGGUGAGCGACCAGGGCCACCAUGGCACUCUUUUUUAAUUGCAUACUGAGUUGGCAGUUUAACAGCUGACAACCUUGCUUCGAAGUGUUUUUGGGUUGUUUAAAGAUUUCAUUGACUUUUUGUCCUCUACUGAUGUAAACAGAAAGGACUAUAGGUUUACUUUCGGUUCUUCCAUUUUUAUGCUCCCCAAAAAUUUAUUUUGGGGGGAGCAUAUAGUCGCAGCUUCGUCUGUCCGUGCGUGUGUGUGUCUGUCUGUCUGUCCGUCUGUGCAAAAUUUUUGUCCGGGCUAUUUCUCAGCAACUAAUGACCGGAAUUCAAUAAAACUUUAUGGGAAGCUUCACUACCAAGAGGAGAUGUGCAUAUUAUCAGCGGGUUCUGGUCGGAUGAUUUUUUGCAGAGUUAUGGCCCUUUGAAAUUUUCUAUAAAAAAUUCUUGUCCCCCCAACUACUGUGCCCUCAAGACAAUUCCUUGUAUCUGAAUAUAUAGUGCAAUAUUGUGACAAAAAAACUUUGGGGGGCAUCAACCGUCUCCGAAGGUUUCUUGUUCUUUCUGUCUGUCCAAAUCUGGAUCCUGCAGUACUCAAAAAUUAUUACACUAGGUUUAUGAAACUUGUGGGUAGAGGGCCAUAUUUUGGAAUAUGCACAAUAUUUCAGUUAUUUUCCUUCUGGUUACUUUGUUUCCAGAAAUAUCUGAAAAGUUAAAUACGUAUCCUGCAAUACUUUUCAAAGUACUGUAGCUAGUGUAUUGAUGUUAGGUAUAAUUACAGGGUCACGUUAUGAAUAUGCAUGUUUUUUCUGUUUUCUGUCAGACAAAAAUUGUGGUUGUUAUGGUAGCAGAAAUAUAUGUGAACUAAAAAUCACAAUUGUUUCCCUUUAUUUAUGGUAAUGCAUAUAAACUAGACAUUAAGGCUAGCCCUAACACUUUUUAAUGAUCUCUUUUUAAAUUAGAUGAUGUCCCUUUGACUGUAAAAUUAAAAUCUUUAUUAACUAUCAUAACAUUUAACUGCAAAAAGUCAAAAUGAUUUAUAUAGAUUGGAAAAAUGUUAAUGUUAAUUCAGUCAGUAUCCAAUAAGUGCUGAGAACCAGUAACUGUGUUUAAGCUGUGGACUUCACUUUUUGGAACACAUAACUAUUUAAUGUUAGCUGUUUUAAAUAGAGGGCAGUGUUAUGUUUAGAAAGUAUAU